AUGACCACAAGUCAUCAGCGGCCCAAGCUGCGUGCCAAGACUGGCUGUAUUCCCUGCCGACGACACCGCAUAAAGUGCGAUGAGCGAGCUCCAAUCUGCCGAGCCUGUCUUGCCUCACGUGUUCCGCGCGAUUGCCAGUGGCCUUUAAACAAAGACCUUGUAGACCGUCGCUUCAGAUCAUGUAAAGUUCGCGAGGCGGCAAAGAGUCGUCACAGUCAAUCGCCUCCUUCGUCUUGUGUAGCGACAUCACCGCCGUCACUGUUUCUGCUGGCCGAUUGUGUCAUGGCUCGGAAACAGGAACGAGAUGACAUCGAAUGGACGCUCUUCCACGAGUUCGGCCGUCGGGGAACACCACUUCUUUUACUACCAAAUUGCAGUUCUGUCUUCCAGGAGACAUGGCAUACUGCUAUACAUACUAUCAUGGUAUCGCGCAAGACUCUAUCGCCUGCUCUCAUGGCUUGUGCCACAUCCUUUGUUUCUAUCAGAGGGCCGCCGGGCAUGUGCCAUGUUUCUCAUCAGUACUAUACAGACUCGCUUGCCAGGCUGGCAGACUCACUCUGUCAAGACUCACCAGAGAAGGACGAUAACAUCCUUGUCACCAUUGUUCUUUUGUACUCAUUCAACAUCAUAUCUGGCUCCUCUUCAUGGGACGAUCAACCCCAGCACGUCAGUGCUGCUAUCAAGAUCAUCGUCUCCCGGAUACUGAACGUGACAAGCACUGACCUUACGGCUUUUCUCCGCCUGGCACUUGAGAGUGUGUUGUACGAAGUCUUCCUGUUGAACAACGGUCUUUGGUCCAGCGCGAACAGCUACAUAUCCCUCCAAUCGUUAGACCCCGAAGUUUGGGCUCGCUCCGAGAAGCUCUUAGAGCACCCUAGGGAUCUGGACUUUCACCUGUUGAGUCUCAAUAGUCCCGUCCUUGGUAUGCCCUUGGCCGUAAUGCGACUCGCCACGGUCCUCGGCCAGCUUUGCCUUGGAAGAGAAUCUGCCAACAUGGAAGGUCUACUAAAGCUUCAGGCUGAGGUCACAACCUGGGAAGACUUUGCCCUGCAGGCUGUGGAGCAAACUGAUGCAUCCGAUGCGCUAAACAGAGAUGCCAACUGCUUAUACGCCAUGAUCACUUCUAUUCUCAUGCAGCACCUCAAGGCUUAUGGCCCAAACACAGGGCUUCCUAUGGUGUCUCCCACGGACAGUUGGCAAGCUUGCAUAGCACUUCAAAUUCUGUCUAAACGUGCUGGCGAUCGUCCCUGGUUCGAGUGUUUCAUCGGGACCUGGCCUGUAUACGCUCUUGGGUUCUUGCUAUCUGACGGCAAAGAUAGAGAUAUUGUUCGCCGUGACAUGCAAAGUCGAAGGGAGCUCACAGGCUUCUGGAUAGUCAAGCGCUUCCAAGAAGACUUGGAGAGGUUUUGGGCUAGGCUCGAACCGGACUCACCAUCGGCAUCGAUCAACUAUAAUGUCCCCGGUACAAGUGAUGCCGCCGCCUUUCAGCCUCCCAUGCCAAUCAGAGCGUUUUGA